GGGCCCCGCCACCCGGGCGGCCAAUGGGAGUGGGGCGGCACCGCCCCCGGACUCGGACCCCGCCCCCGGGCGGGCAGGGGGCGCCGGGCCACCGCGACGGGCGCUGGACCGGGAUCGGGAUCGGGAUCGGGAUCGGGAUCGGGAUCGGCCGCAGCAUGGGGGGGUGGCGGGACAUGCCCGCGGAGGCGCUGGAGGAGCAGUACUCCCCCAGCCGCUGGUCCCCCCGCCUGGGCAGGGACACCGUCAUCCAGGCCCACCUCGCGGCGACGGCGGCAGGAACGCAGCGGGCCCGGGCCGGCGCACAGACCUCGCUGCACGUCCCCUAUGGUGACGGCGACGGCGAGAAGCUGGACAUCUAUUUUCCCGUGGAUCCUUCUGGAACCUUCCCGGUCCUGGUCUAUAUCCAUGGCGGAUACUGGCAGUGCCUGAGUAAAGACGAGUCAGGAUUUGCAGCCCCCCCGUUGGUGUCGCAGGGCGUGGCGGUGGUGGCAGUGGGUUACGACACAGCCCCCAAAGGCCACAUGGACGCCAUGGUGCUGCAGGUGCGGCGCAGCCUCGCCUUCCUGGUGGAGCGGUACUCUGGGAUCAGAGGCAUUUACCUGUGUGGACACUCAGCAGGGGCCCACUUGGCAGCCAUGGUGUUGUCCACGGACUGGACAGAAUACGGAGUGGUGCCAGAUAUCAAAGGAGCUGUGCUCGUGAGCGGCGUGUACGACCUUGAGCCCAUCCUGCACACCUACGUGAAUGAUGCGCUGAACAUGAGCCGGGAGGUUGCCCAGAGGAACAGCCCCAUGCUGUGCAUCUCCCCAGCAGCGCCUGCGGCUGCGGCCUGUGAGGUGCUCGUGGCUGUGGCCCAGCACGACUCCCCGGAGUUUCGCAGGCAGUCGCAGGAGUAUGGCCAGGCCCUGCGUGCAGCCGGCUGGUCUGUCUCCCUGCUGGAUCUUGCUGGCGUGGAUCACUUUGACAUCAUUGAGAAGCUGUCGGAGGACAGCUAUGUCCUCACUCAGGCGCACCUCUGGGCUGCGAUGAUGUCCCUGCUGCGCAGUCAGGAGAGGAGCACACUUGGGAGAAAACAUCCUGCACAGCCACAGUACUGCCAGAACAGGUUUAUUUUGUGCCCUGACCAUCCCUUAGGACCUGUCUCCCUGCUGCAGCAUCCUUGCACACGUGUGGUGCACAUGGGCCACGUGCAGUGUGUGGCCUUUGGGACGGAGGAUGUCUGGCUCUGCUUUUGGGUGCUGCCUGCGGGACCUGAGUUACAGGAGCAGAGCUUCUGUAGAGGACUAGAGGGUGCUCUGAGGACGCGUUUGCUGGGUGACUAGCGAGGCAGGGAUGCUGCCUUGGAGGGGUCUGUGUGGCAAUGUGAGAUGUGGGCUCUUGUCUGUCCCUCUGGGCAUGCCUGUGAAGGUGCUGCCUCCCGAGAGGUGCGGUGCUCCCACUGCAGGGGUGGGCUGGGGUCUCCCUGGGGCUGGGCUCACGCUGGUUUACGGGGCUGCACACUGGGGUGGAUGCUGUGCUGCAGCUGGCUGGGAACAUACCUGGGGCACGCUGUGGCUGGUCCCAGCCCCUUUGCUGCUGGCUGCCAGGACAGGGCUGGGACAGCUGCUUGUCCUGGUUUCAGCUGGGAUAGAGUUAAUUGUCCUCCUAGUAGCUGGUACAGUGCUAUG